GGCAGAGGCGGCUGCAGCCUCGCUCUGGUCCCUGCGGCUGGCGGCCGAGCCGUGUGUCUCCUGCUCCGCCGCCGCCAUAUUGUCUGUGUGAAGAGUGGGGAGAGCGGCCGCCGCCGCUGCAGCUUCCACCACAGUUUGAAGAAAACAGUUCUGAAACGAGGUCUUACCCCCAGCUGCCUCUCAAUACAGUGAUUGCCAUCUCUCCAAACAUCAAGUCCAGCUUUGUCCGCCAACCUGUCUGACAUGUCGGGACCCGUGCCAAGCAGGGCCAGAGUUUACACAGAUGUUAAUACACACAGACCCCGAGAGUACUGGGAUUACGAGUCACAUGUGGUGGAAUGGGGAAAUCAAGAUGACUACCAGCUGGUUAGAAAAUUAGGCCGGGGUAAAUACAGUGAAGUAUUUGAAGCCAUCAACAUCACAAAUAAUGAAAAAGUUGUUGUUAAAAUUCUCAAGCCAGUAAAGAAGAAGAAAAUCAAGCGUGAAAUAAAGAUUUUGGAGAAUUUGCGAGGCGGUCCCAACAUCAUCACACUGGCAGACAUUGUAAAAGACCCUGUGUCACGAACUCCCGCCUUGGUUUUUGAACACGUAAACAACACAGACUUCAAGCAAUUGUACCAGACGUUAACAGACUAUGAUAUUCGAUUUUACAUGUAUGAGAUUCUGAAGGCCCUGGAUUAUUGUCACAGCAUGGGGAUUAUGCACAGAGAUGUAAAGCCCCAUAAUGUCAUGAUUGAUCAUGAGCACAGAAAGCUACGGCUAAUAGACUGGGGUUUGGCUGAGUUUUACCAUCCUGGCCAAGAAUAUAACGUCCGAGUUGCUUCCCGAUAUUUCAAAGGUCCUGAGCUACUUGUAGACUAUCAGAUGUAUGAUUAUAGUUUGGAUAUGUGGAGCUUGGGUUGUAUGCUGGCAAGUAUGAUCUUCCGGAAGGAGCCAUUUUUCCAUGGACAUGACAAUUAUGAUCAGUUGGUGAGGAUAGCCAAGGUUCUGGGGACAGAAGAUUUAUAUGACUAUAUUGACAAAUACAACAUUGAAUUAGAUCCACGUUUUAACGAUAUCUUGGGCAGACAUUCCCGUAAGCGAUGGGAACGCUUUGUCCACAGUGAAAACCAGCACCUUGUCAGCCCUGAGGCCUUGGAUUUCCUGGACAAGCUGCUGCGGUACGACCACCAGUCACGGCUCACCGCAAGAGAGGCCAUGGAGCACCCCUAUUUCUACACUGUUGUGAAGGACCAGGCUCGAAUGGGCUCAUCUAGCAUGCCAGGGGGCAGUACGCCUGUCAGCAGCGCCAAUAUGAUGUCAGGGAUUUCUUCAGUGCCAACCCCUUCACCCCUUGGACCUCUGGCAGGCUCACCAGUGAUUGCUGCUGCCAACCCCCUCGGAUGCCUGUUCCAGCUGCCGCUGGCGCUCAGCAGUAAUGGCCCUUCUGUCUCCUGAUGCCUGAGCAGAGGCUGGGGAGUCACUCACUCCCUCGAUGCAGCUUGCGCCUGCGGGGGGGGGGGGUGAAAGACUUCAGAAGCACCGUUGUCUGAACUGUUGCUUGUGGAUUUAUAGUAGUUCAGUCAUAAAAAAAAAAAAAUUAUAAUAGGCUGAUUUUCUUUUUUUCUUUCUUUUUUUUUUAACUCGAACUUUUCAUAACUCAGGGGAUUCCCUGAAAAAUUAUCUGCAGGUGGAAUAUUUCACGGACAAAUUUUUUUCUCCCCUUCCAAAUUCAGUUCCUCACCACUAAAGAACAAAGAUAAACCAGCCUCAAUCUGGCUGCUGCGCUUGGGUGGAGAUCUCUUCCCAUGCCCACCAUUGCUCCCCUACCAUCCCACACUUCGAGGGGUUUGUAUUUCAUGCUCUCCUCCAGAGAUUACAAAAAUGUAGCUUCUUGAAGGGAGGUGGGAAGGAAGGAGGAAGGAAGGACCCAACCUAUAAGAGCAGUGUACUGCUAGUCACUUAUAUCACUUUACUCCAAAAGUGCUUCAGUGGGGUUAUACUGGUGAAUCUAGUGGAAAUAUGUCUUAGUUACACUGAGAUGCUGAAAAUCUACCCAAAGUGCAGACAGGUCCUGAAAACGUCUGUUCAGUAUGAAUCAUGUCUUAUUGACCUAACCUAAAUCCAACUCACUUAUAAUUUAGUUUCAGUUCAGUUUAAAACUUUAAUACUGUCCCUCCCAGGCUCCUUACCUUGGUCCUCUUCCCCUUUCAUCUCCCAACAUGCUCUAUAGCUGGUAGGAGGGGGAAGGCAAAGUCUUUUUCAAUUUUCUUUGACUUGGCCCUUUUGAAUUCAGUUAGUUACUGGGUAUAAUUUACAAAAGAAAAAAACAUUGUCUAUGUUGGUUUCAUGCUAGUAACUCUUGAAGAGCUAGUGAGAGAUGUGGCCACUGCAUUUUAUUUUAAGCUUUCUACCUUUUCCUCCUACCUUCCCCUUCCCUCACAUGCCAUCCAUUGAGAAGACCUGCCCCUCAGUCUUGUAAAUGUACCUGAGAGGUAGGAGCAGAGCCACUAUCUCCAGUGAAACUGAAAUGGUAGACCUGUAAUUGUGGGAAAACUAAACUCUCUUGUUACAGCCCUGCCACCCCUUGCUGUGUGUAUAUAUAUAAUACUUUGUCCUUCAUAUGUGAAAGAUCCAGUGUUGGAAUUCUUUGGUGUAAAUAAACGUUUGGUUUUAUUUA